UGGGGACCAUCACUAACUGAACGGUCUGUCUCUUAUCCUUCUUGAAACGUGUCUUGCGCAUCACGGUGACCUCGUUGCCUUGGGAGAGAAGGAGGAGGAGAAGGCCUCGUCGUCCUUGCCCUGGGAGAACUUCAGGCUGCAUCUUGCAUGCAUGCUUUGCUGAGUGUGCCCCUCUGCGAGUGUAUGUUUGCGUGUGUCAGCACCGAGCCGCCUUCUCUUCUUCACACAAAAGCUAUCAUGGCAACUACUGUGCAAGUGAAGCCUGGCAGCAUCAGCUCUGGUGUGCCUCUCUGCACGAGGGCUUCUCGUCAGACACCAUCGCCCACCAUGAACACCAGACCACUUAGAACUCGUGUGACUUUUGCGUUGGAAUCCAAGUGUCUGCUGGCCAUUAGAGGAUCACGCAGGCAUGUGAGUGUCACGAGUGUAAUGCCUCCCAAAUCCGUUGCCGCACUCCCAAUGACAGAGUGGUGUGCGGCAUCUGCAAGGCCGACCAGGAGGGGCUGGCAAACCGCUCCUGGACCACUUCAUUUUGCUGGCUCAUCUGGCCUGUACGCUCCCAAGUGCAGCAGCACUCACUCCGACACUGCUGCAGCUGACAGCGGCCAUGACAUACAGAGCGACCUGUACCAAGGGAUCAGGAGAGAAUUGACUGCUGAGUUUGGGACGGAACAUUUAGUUUUCCAGGUUCAAGAAGAGAUGACGGAGGGGAUUCAAGUCUUCAAGCAAGACAAAGUUGCAGAAGAACAAGCAGCCCCACAAGAACAAGAGGGUGACAUUUCGUUGGACUUCCGAACGGCAUCAGCAGCGAGUUCAACAACUGCCGUGCUCCCAACCACGAUCCCGUUCACAGACAAAAAUCCUUAUCCAGCCUCCAUGGACAGCACGAGGUUCUCCAUGGCAGGCAAAGCUCAAGGCUACGGCAGCAAGGCCACAGGAGGAAAGGGCGGAG